AUGUCUCACACCAUACUCUUGAUCCAACCAGGGAACAAACCGGAAACAAGAACAUAUUCCGAUUACGAGUCUGUUAAUGAUUGCAUGGAAGGGGUUUGUAAGAUCUAUGAAGAACAUCUAAAGAAAUUAAAUCCAAAGUCUGUGUCUAUUACGUAUGACAUAACUCAGCUGUUUGAAUUUGUUGACCAUUUAGCAGAUCUUUCAUGUCUUGUGUACCAAAAAAGUACAAUGACAUAUGCCCCUUAUAACAAAGACUGGAUAAAAGAAAAGAUUUACGUAUUACUCAGAUGCCAAGCCAAUCAACGUCAAUAA